AUGACGAAGAGACACCUGAAGCCCACCGGUGAUCUUGGCCGGGUCAACUUCAUCGAAUACGAUCUUCGCAACACCCAGUCGAUCGAAGAGAGCGUCCGUCACUCCGACGUGGUCUACAACCUUGUCGGCCGUCAAUACCCUACCAAGAACUUCUCCUACACGGAUGUCCACGUUGACGGCAUUGAGCGCAUUGUCGAGGCCGUUGCCAAGUACGAUGUGGACCGCUACAUCCACGUCUCUUCCUACAACGCCAACCGGGACUCUCCGUCGGAGUACUUUGCCACCAAGGGCUGGGGUGAGGAAGUCGCCCGCUCCAUUUACCCCGAGACCACCAUUGUCCGUCCGGCCCCCAUGUUCGGUUUCGAGGAUAACCUCCUGCACAAGCUCGCCAAGGUGACCAACCUGUUCACCGCGAACCACAUGCAGGAGCGCUACUGGCCUGUUCACGUGAACGAUGUUGGUGCCGCUCUUGAGCGCAUGCUCCACGAUGACACCACGGCCGGCGAGACUUUUGAGCUGUACGGCCCGAAGAACUACUCGACCGCGGAGAUCGCCGAGCUGGUUGACAAGGAAAUCAUCAAGCACCGCCGUCACAUCAACCUUCCCAAGGCCAUCUUCAAGCCCCUGGCGUACUACUUGAACAAGUUCCUGUGGUGGCCCACCGUCUCCGCCGACGAGGUCGAGCGCGAGUUCAUGGACCAGGUCAUCGAUCCUACGGCCAAGACCUUCAAGGACCUGGGCAUUGAGCCGACUGAUCUGGCCACCCUGACCUUCCACUACCUGAAAGGAUAUCGUAGCUCUUCGUACUACGACCUGCCUCCGGCGACGGAGCGGGAGAGACAGGAGGAGAAGAAGUACGUGCACGUGCUGGACAGCCAGUAG